CAUCCUACAUGACCAACUCCCCGACGCUGAUCGUGAUGAUCGGCCUGCCUGCCCGCGGCAAGACCUACGUCUCCAAGAAGCUCACCCGCUACCUCAACUGGAUCGGGGUGCCCACCAAAGUGUUUAAUUUAGGAGUGUAUCGCCGGGAAGCGGUGAAGUCUUACAAGUCCUACGACUUCUUCAGGCACGAUAACAAAGAAGCCAUGGAAAUCCGCAAACGAUGUGCCUUAGUGGCCCUAGAAGACGUGAAGACUUAUCUCCUGGAGGAGUGUGGGCAAAUAGCUGUGUUUGACGCGACCAACACAACUCGAGAAAGGAGGGACCUGAUUUUAAAUUUUGCCAAGGAAAACGCUUUCAAGGUGUUUUUUGUGGAGUCUGUCUGUGACGAUCCAGAAGUCAUCGCUGCCAACAUCCUGGAGGUGAAAGUUUCCAGCCCCGACUACCCGGAGAGGAACCGGGAGAACGUGAUGGAUGAUUUCCUGAAGAGGAUCGAGUGCUACAAGGUCACCUACCAGCCUCUUGAUCCCGACGCGUACGACAAAGAUCUUUCCUUCAUUAAAGUGAUCAAUGUGGGCCAGCGGUUCCUAGUAAACAGAGUCCAGGAUUACAUCCAGAGUAAAAUCGUCUAUUACCUAAUGAACAUUCAUGUCCAGCCGCGCACCAUCUACCUUUGCCGACAUGGUGAGAGUGAAUAUAAUCUUGUUGGCAAGAUUGGUGGGGAUUCUGGUCUGUCGCCACGUGGGAAGCAGUUCUCUCAGGCGCUGAAGAAGUUCAUCGAGGAGCAGGAAAUCGUGGAUCUGAAGGUGUGGACCAGCCAGCUGAAGAGGACCAUCCAGACGGCCGAGUCCCUGGGGGUCACGUACGAGCAGUGGAAGAUUCUCAACGAGAUCGAUGCUGGGGUUUGUGAAGAAAUGACCUACGCGGAAAUUGAAGCCAAGUAUCCAGAGGAAUUUGCCUUGAGGGAUCAGGAGAAAUACCUUUAUCGCUAUCCUGGAGGAGAGUCCUACCAGGACUUGGUCCAGCGCCUGGAGCCGGUAAUUAUGGAGCUGGAACGGCAAGGCAACGUCCUCGUUAUCUCCCACCAGGCGGUUAUGAGGUGCCUGUUGGCUUAUUUUCUUGACAAGAGUGCAGAUGAGCUGCCCUACCUGCGCUGCCCCCUCCACACCAUCCUCAAGCUCACGCCUGUGGCAUACGGUUGUAAGGUGGAGACGAUCACCCUGAAUGUGGAAGCAGUGAACACCCACCGUGACAAACCCUCCCUGAACUCAAGCAUGGCCGGGCUAAGAGUGUAGCAGAGCUCUGCACUCUCAGCUGGGACUCGGCAGGGAUUCCUGUGGCCGGGAAGAGCCCUACGGAUGGGACUGGAGCAUCCCCGGAGCACAGUGAGCCCCCCGCUUCGGCCAGUACUCUCCUCUGAAAUUGAGGUUUUUAUAGAGCCUGUCUGUCUCUUUUCUUUCUGAAUUUGUCUGUCGAUGGAGAUUUACUGCGGAGAUUUUUUCAACCUGCUUUUACUACAUGUUUGCUAGUGUACCCCAGGGCUUUCUGGGCUGUUAAAUAGCAUCCUGCAUCUUUCCUCUGGGUUACGUGGCAAAAUUAACCGCGGUUUGUGAGGACAAAGGGAUCACAUCCUUACUCCCUGAAGCAGCUUUUCUUCGGAGGCCGCGUUAUCAGACCAAAUCCCCAAGUCUUUAUUUAACUGUUACCCUUUCCAAGUUCAAACGCCAUCAUUGUUGCUAGUUGUCUCUUUAAUGUACCAAAUUUUAGGCCCCUGAGGUUUUUAAACUUGCCUAUAACUAAGCUGUGCCAUUACUGGUGGGUGACGCUGCCUUUAGUAGAGGUGAAGCUGCUUUAGUGAGACUCCCUUGUGGUACAGCUCAUGCCACAGCUGUGUCUGUCUUAAAUCCCCACCAAACCCCCGAAUUUACGGUUUUCUCCCCCAAAUCUUGACUUGUGUUUUGCCAAACUCCGUUUUGCCACACUCCUCCUGUUCUUGCACUAAGGGCAAAAUCCUCAGGUUGGGUGGAGAAAGGAGCAUUUAGGUAUGAAGCAGGAGGCUCUUCGGGACCUGCUGCUUCCAGUGACUCCAGGUUUUAUACGAGCACCUUCUGGGUCCCAGGUUGCUGAUUUUAAAUGUAUAAAUAAAUGUUGGCUGUACCCACAGAAGGGAUCUGUGUUUGAAAACCGUCCACCCUCUGGCCCUGCCUGCGGAGGAGCUCAGCAGCCUGGAAGCCUGAGGUUUACCGGGGGAUUUUUGGGCUCAAACCCAGUUGUUUUAAAUGCUCCCAGAGCUUUAAUUUGAUAAAGGCUUGAGAUAGAGGGGGCCACAGCGAGGGCACAGGCACUAAUCCUGGAGGCACUGAUUUCAGAGGAGCAGAAGCGUGUGUUGAUCUGAAGCAAUUGCAGGGAGGAAAGUCAGUGGGUGAGAAACUGAGUUUUAUUAGUUUUGUCCCUUGGGCUGUUCCCGCCGGGGAGCGGGUUUCCUGCAGCCUUUUCUGCAAGAGCUGUCUGCUCUUUUCUUUUAAAUGUUACAAGUGCUUAGAAAUAAGCCAGGGGAAAAAAAAAAUAUAUUGAAGGAAGAGAUUUAUAGCCUGUUGCACGGUGAGAUUCGCUCUCUGAUAAUGCUCCAAACGCACAAACCCGCUCUGUGUCGAGCCCGGCUGCUCCUACCAAGAGACCUCCAGCUCCACGGGGGAAAAAAGGAGUAGAAAUGUACUGUAGGAUGUUUACGCACAAUAUGCUGGUAAUAGCUUGCUAAGGAGUUAAUUAUAUUUGUAUGGUUGAGUAGUUGGUGGCUGCAAGGAGACAAAAAAUAUCUAUUUUUACCUGCCGGGAUUGAGGAAUGUAGCUGCUGGGAUGCUGGCAGUCAUAACUUUUUAAUCAGUGCUAAAGAUGGGGUCUGCAGUUUUGGAUCGGUGGCUUUCGGUCCCUUAUUCCUGUUGAGUGGGUGUACAUAUAUAUAUUUAUAUAUAUAUACACAUACCCUAUAUAUAGGGUAUGUGUAUAUAUAUGCCCUAUUCCCUUUUCCUCCUGCAUUUCAACUCUCGAAAGGUGUAAAUACAGGUGUCUGGAGCAGAGCAGCAGCAGAUUUGUGAUGAUCAUUGUUGCCCCGUGGGUGAAUUGUCCCUGAUGUGACAGGUCCUAGGGUCCUGCCGAGCCCCAAGCCCAGGGGGUGGCCAGGCUGGGGCAAUGCCAGCGAGCCCACUCGUCCCCCCCAGCCCCAGCCGGGCUGCCGGGUCCCCGUGCCAGGUAUUUCCUUGAAAUCACCUGAUUUCCUUGGCACCGUGCGGGCAAAUACCCCAGGAUAAACAACGGUUGCACAAUUUAUCUGAACUGAGGAUUAGCAGAGGUUUGUGUCCUCCCGGAGCCGACGUCUUGGGCUGGGUGUGCAGAGGUGGUGGGUGUGAAGUGGGCUUGGUGGGCCCCUCCGAGUGAGGGGUUUUUUUUCUGUAUUCCCUGACUUCCCAUCCUUUUCCAUCAGCAGAGGUGGUGGUGGCCGCUGUCAGGGCCACUGUGGGACCUGCACGGCUGGUCCAGGGGCUGGCUGUCCCAUCAGCAUCACGGGUCAGUUUAGAGAAAAAUAAUCACUUAUGCAAAAUCUAUUCAAUCUGUGGUGCCAGCCAUGGGGAAAAGUGGAGAGUGAGGGGAAAAGGCUUAAAUCCAGGCUGGGUAGCUUGAGUUUGUGUACGCUGGCUGUGACGUUGGAGCUGCCACCUCUCUGCCAGGUGUCCCCUUCCUGGCAGUGGGUGAUGGGGGGAUCCCAGCCCGGCCUCGGGGCCGAGGGACAGCCUUGGGGAGGGGGCUUCACUGCCAGGGCUCCCGGGAGCCACUUCCCAGGCAAUAUCCCAAACCCUCAGCCCUGCUCCUCCAAGCCCCACUGCCUCUCCUGCUGCUCCUCUGUCUCCAAACACUGUUUGCAAAAGGGCAGCUUCUCCCUUCAGUGUUUACCGAGAUGGAUGUUAUAUGUCUGCUUUUCAAUUCUGCUGGAUUACUGCUUUCUAAUGUCUUUUUUUUUUAGGUUUUAAGUAAAUGCAGUGUAUGUAAAGUUGUGCUGUAUGUUGCGUACUCUGCUCUUGAGCAUAAAUGUCCCGUGAGCCUUUAUUUACAAUAAAGAGAUUUUUAAG